UCGCCUCCAUUGAUUUCAUCCAGAGGAAUCCUUGUUGUCCUUCGCAUUUACUGUUCGACCCUUGGGGUCGAAAUAUUCCAAAAGUCAUGGAGAUACUACUUUUGGUUCUGUCUGUUACUGGAGCAUUCGGUUAUUUACCAGCAGUAAAGAACAAUUUUCUCUCUGGAUAUUUUCUACGCGAUCUCGUGAAUCGCAUAAAUGGCAAAGGAAUUUCUGAAGGUGAUGGAGUGUCAUACCUUGAUUUCACUGAUGGAUUGUCUAUGGAAUCGAGAUCAGUGAAUGGCGGUCUGGAGGAAGAGCCUAUGUUUCCUUUAGACUAUGAUGCUGUGGGGAGUUUCAACAUACACCCCAGUAUAAGAGAUCAAGAAUAUCUGCAGCACAGCAGUAUUUGGGGAAAACAGUUUAUCUCUGGCGGGGCUGGAGAGGGAAAUCAAUUACUCCGACCGGAAGGAAUGCAAAAUAAACAGGAAGUCAAAACAGAUUCCACUCUGCCGGCUUAUUGUAACCCUCCCAAUCCCUGCCCUGUAGGAUACACAGAAGAACAAGGAUGCAUAGAAGAAUUCGAAAAUUCCGCCAGUUUCAGUCGCAGAUAUCAAGCAUCUCAAGAUUGUAUGUGCGACACGGAACAUAUGUUUGACUGUCCCAAUUCUAAUAAUAUCGAUGACGACGAUAAUAUGGAUAUGAUAGACAAUUUUGGAUUCAAUGCUUUGAUGAAGAGUAAGAAGAUCAACCCAUUCCUAACUGGCGAAAAACUUCCAGUGGCAGCCAAAAAAGGAAACAAUGUCAUGUAAAAACCUUGAACAAAACAAAGGACAGGCGGUCCCAACCACUACACAAGAAAAAACUCUCGACUAUGGCUAUGAAUAAGGUGAUCCUUCGAAGAAUAAUAAUAAUCAACUCAAGUCCUCACCCGUGUACAACAAAUGUGUUUCAAAUAAAUCUAGAUAGUAGUUGCUUUCCGUGCAAAUGUGUCUUCAUGAUAUAAAAGGUACCCAUACUGUUAGAGUUAGGUGAACCACAAUCCCAAGUACGCAAUUCUCAUAAGAAUGAUGAAGUCUAAUCAAAGCGACCCUUUUGACGUAUCACGGAGGAGGUGGCCAAAAUUAUCAACUUGAAUCAUGUUUUAGGCCCUAUUGAUUUCAGCUCAUUUCCCAAUUCACCAUCAAAUUCAUGGACCUGAACUGAAAUCAGAACAUAAUUUAAGUAGAUUUUCAACUUCUCAUCCUCACGGAGUCAAAAUCAAUCCAGACUGAAGGGGUGGUAUAACAAAAACCGUUUUUAUUUAUAAGCUUUACUUAUAAGGUUAUAUAACUGUAUCUAAUUCAAAUAAUUAUGGAUGUUGUUGAAGUUGAGAUUCAGGCAUUUUACCAGCUGCGGCUGACUUGUUUUCUUGAUAUUUGAAAGCACUGAAACCGACUUAUGUGGGUAUACCAGUUAUGAAAUAAAUGUAUUCUCUUAAUGCAAACUUC